UGGAAUAAAAUUAUAAAAAUCAGAUUAUUAUCCAUUAGGUCAAUAAUAAUGAUUAUUCACAUUUGUUUCAAUUAGAAAAUCUUUCUUUGUUCCAUUCCAUUCAUUCAUUCGCACACACAUACAAUCAUUUUACUUUUCAAAUGGAUCUCAAUACAGAGAAAUUACCGAAUUUUAAAUCAUCAUUUCUUUUGUUCAAAAGGAAAUGGAAAAGAUUGCCAAAAUUUCUUCGUUUCUAUCUGAUUGUUGCCAUUAUAUUUAUUUUAUUUACAUUUUCAUAUUAUCUAUUGUUUAUUGGUACAAAGAAAAAUCUUAUCAGAAUUGAUGAAAAUGUUGAUUCAUUGUUGUUGAAUAAUGAUAAUAAUGGUGAUAAUAAUCAAAAUAUUCAUCUGCCAUCACAAUUUAUUGAACAUAAUAUUAUGCUUCCACCACAAAAUUCAAAUUCAGAUAAUUUAGAUAAUACAAACAAAGAAUUUGUUUCGACAAAAAAAUUACCAUCUAUUUUACUCGAUGGUGAUAAUGAUGAUGAUGAUGGUGAUAAAAUGAUAACCAAUGAAGAAUUAUUUAUUGCAUCAAAAAAACAAAACGAACAACAAAAAUUAAUACAAGAAGCAAUUCAACAUUCAUGGAAUGGUUAUCGUAAAUAUGCAUGGGGUAAAGAUAUGUUAAAACCAAUUACACAAAAAGGUUCAAAUUGGUUUGGUAUUGGUUUAACUAUUUUAGAUUCACUUGAUACAUUGUUGAUUGCUGGCCUAAAUGAUGAAUUUAAACAGGGUCUCGAAUGGGUUAAAAAUGAUCUAACAUUCGAUGUUAAUGAAAAUGUUAAUUGUUUUGAAACAACUAUACGUGCAUUAGCUGGAUUAAUGUCAGCAUAUCAUAUAAGUAAGGAGAAAAUUUUAUUGGAAAAAGCAAUCGAUCUUGGUGAUCGUCUGAUACAUUGUUUUGAUUCACAAAGUAAAACAGUACCAUUUAGUGAUGUUAAUUUGAAAAAGAAAAUGGCUAAAGCACCAUCUUAUAUGCCUGAAUCAUCAUUAUCCGAAGUAUCAAGUGUACAAUUGGAAUUUCGUGAUCUAUCCUAUGAAACUAAUGAUAAAUCAUAUGAAGAAAAAUCAUUUGCAACAUCAAAACAUAUACAUGAUUUAAUACAACAACGAAAAAAUUAUUUACUACCAAUGUAUAUAAAUCCUUAUACGGGUAAUCUAAUGACAUCGACAAUAACGAUGGGUGCACGUGCCGAUUCAUAUUAUGAAUAUCUUUAUAAACAAUAUUUACAAACGAAAAUUGAAUUUUUAUUGGAUGAUUAUAUUCGAUCGAUUGAUGCUAUUGAAAAUCGUUUAACGUCAAGAACAAAGAGUAAACUAAAAUUAUUAUAUAUUGGUGAAAUAUUAAAUACAGAUCAGCAAUCAAUACAUCCAAAAAUGGAUCAUUUGGUUUGUUUUUUAUCCGGUACAUUAGCAUUAGGCUAUUAUCAUGAACAUUUACAACCAUUUUAUCGAUUACAAAUUGUAAAUGAAACAUUUAUUAAUCAUUUAAAAUUAGCUGAAGAUUUAGCACGUACAUGUCAUUAUAUGUAUAAUUUAACUGAAACUGGUUUAUCACCUGAAAUUGGUUAUUUUGGUCAAGAUUAUCAAGAUGGUGAUUUUUAUAUCAAACCAAGAGAUACACAUAAUCUAUUACGUCCAGAAUUUGUUGAAUCAUUAUUUUUUCUUUAUCAUAUAACUGGUAAACAAAUUUAUCGUGAUUGGGGUUUACAAGUUUUUAAUGCAUUUCAAAAAUAUACACGUAUUAAUACCGGUGGUUAUACAACAAUCAAUGAUGUUCGUCAUCCAAAAAAUGUUAAACCAAAAGAUAAAAUGGAAUCAUUUUGGCUGGCUGAAACAUUGAAAUAUCUUUAUUUAUUAUUUAUGGAUGAUCAUAAAAUUAUACGAAAAUUGUUAAAUAAUUAUGUUUUCAAUACUGAAGGACAUUUAUUACCAAGAAGAGUUUAGAAAAUUCUGUUUGUGUUUGUAAAAAUAAUAAUAAAUAAAAGCUUAUUU